AGUGGGUAUCUUGCCUGAAAGCGGAUACAACGGCGGGCAAACCCAAAGCAAGAUUGCCUUGCAAUACAUUAGAUGGCUUGAGCAGAAGCUGAGCCGCACCCUUGUACAUAAGCUCAAUGGUGGUGAGCACAAGGUAAAUGUAGAUGGUAAAACAUUCCUACUGGAUGCGUUUGACCCUGUUGAAAACAGGGCAUAUGAGGUUUGUAGCUUAUGA